AUGAUAAAUUUAGAUAUUGAGAAUCUAAACGAUGUUAAUUUAAUUUUAGAAAGAUUAGAUGCUCAUGAUAGAUUUAUUGAAGCUAAAAUAGAAUUGUUUGAAGAAAUAGACAAAAUAAAAAAUAAUAAUAGUACUAAUAAAAAAAAUAUAUGCAAAAAAAAAAUCCCUGAAAUAAUAAAUAAAAAGGAAAAAAAAAGUAUUUUAUCAAAUAUAAUAAAUAUAUUAAAUUAUGUUUUUCCUGAUUAUGAAUUUAAGUAUCUAAAUAAUUCUAAUUAUAAAUAUAUAAAAAAUAUUAACAGUGUAAUAGAUAAUAUUAAUUAUAAUUUAUUUUAUAUAAUUGAAAAUAUAUAUAGAGGAUUUAAUAAGAAAAUAUGGAAAAUAUUAAAAGAAUUAAUUGAUUUUAAAUAUUGUGAUGUUUAUACUUAUUUGAAUGAUACUGACAAUGAUCCAUAUGUUGAUAAAGAAAGCAUAUCAAGUUUUAACUACUUUUUUUUUGCAAAAAAAAAUAAAAGAAUUUUAUUUAUAUCAUGUAUAACAAAACCAAAAUAUAAAAAUCAGAAUGAUGAAGAUUUUAAUAAUAUUUAUAUUGGAAUUCAAGAUGAACCAUCUAUGAAUGAACAAAAUGAAUAUGAUGAUGAAAAUUCAUCAAUUUAUUAA